AUGAAAGCAUUCAAUAACUUCAACAUGCUUAAUGAAGGACGAAAACUACACAGGGAAGAAUAUGACGUAAACACUCAAGCCAAGUUGGCUUAUGUGGCUGGGCAUAUGCAUAAUUUGCACGCUGCCAUCCCAAGGUAUGAUACAGUCCACAAAGACCUAAAAGAACAAGAGGAGAGGAAGGUGAAACAACAGAAGGAAGCAUUGAAGAAGAAGAUGGAAAAUGCUGGUUUCUGGAAAAAGUUGAUCGGAAAGCACAAAGGAAGUGGAGAUUCAAGCAAUCAAGAAGGAGACAAGCAAGGAGAUGGAUGUGAGCACCCCCAGACAUUCAAGAGGCUCAUGGGGCAAAUAGUUCCUGUAUUUGGUGUUGAUUGUGCAUCAGGAGAUACGUUUACUGAUGGAUCAGUUAAAUACACAAUGACUUCCAUAAAUGUUCCUGAACCUUUUUCAAAAGCUUUGAAUCGCUUCCAGAAAGAGGAUCCUACAUUCCGUGUUGGUUUAGACCCAGAGAGUGGGCAGCUGAUUGUGAAUUUGUAUAUUGGACCACUUCCGGCAGGAUCAUCAACUAAAUUCGAAUUUGAAAACCUCCUUGUUGGGCAAGCUAUUCCAUCAGGUUUUAUCCCUGCAAUUGAAAAAGGUUUUAAGGAAGCCGCCAACUCGAGGGCUUUAAUUGGACAUCCUGUUGAAAAUCUUAGAGUUGUCUUGACAGAUGGUGCUACUCAUGCUGUUGAUUCUAGUGAACUUGCAUUUAAGUUGGCUUCUAUCUAUGCUUUCAGACAGUGCUAUACAGCUUCCAGGCCAGUUAUAUUAGAACUUGUUAUUCUUGUUGAGCUGAAAGUACCAACAGAAUUCCAAGGAGCCGUUGCUGGUGACAUUAACAAGAGAAAAGGUGUUAUUGUUGGCAGUGAUCAGGAAGGAGAUGACUCUAUCAUCACUGCCCAUUGGCCAGACAAAAAGGCCAAUAAUGAGACACUCUUGAAGCUUGCUGGGUUGUUUCAGAGGAAUCUUGAGACAUUCACCAAUCACAAGAUUGGCAAGGACAACAAACACACCGAAGAGAUUUUGGCAGCUGGACCAGUUAUAUAUAUAUUGCAUUUCUAA